CUCCCUGUCAGCGUCUUCUCCCUUCUUUUCAGAUAAUAAUGUCGCUACCGGAUGGGAUACGAAUUACAACCACAAAUUUCACAGAAACGCUUCCCUGGUCAGAAUAUCUUGUUAUUGGAACAGUUAUCUUGUCCUCGUUAAGCAUCGGAGUUUAUUAUGGCUGUUUUGUUCCUGGGAAUACAAAAAAUGACCAAUUUCUCAUGGCCGGGAGGUCCAUGUCCAUUUUACCGGUGACGCUGUCUUUAGUGUGCAGCUUCGUCUCAGCCGUGACCCUGUUGGGAAAUCCUGUCGAAGUUUACUAUUACGGCCAACAAUGGACAUUCCUUUGUUUUAUUCCGAUGGGGAUCACAAUCUGGUAUUUGUACCUCCCAGUAUUCCAUGAGUUGAAAUUAACGUCAGCCUAUCAGUAUUUCGAAUGGAGAUUCAGCCGAACAGUGAGGACAAUGUGUUCAAUAUUUGCAAUCGUACAUUUGAUGACAUACAUGCCGAUAACAACUUUGGGUCCUUCCUUGGCGCUUGGACAGGUGGCUGGAUUGGACUACAGAAUUUCUGCAGCUACGAUUUUCGUCGUGUGUGUAGCUUAUUCGUCAAUGGGGGGGCUCAAAGCUGUACUUUGGACUGAUUCACUCCAAGCCAUCGUAAUGAUCGUCUCUCUUGUAGCUCUUGGUAUUUGUGGUAUAAUUGAAGUUGGUGGUUUCUCGCUAGCAUGGGAACGAAAUGUGGACACUGGGCGACAAUUUAAUAAUAGCCUGGACCCAGACCCACGCAGAAGACAUACCGUAUGGACCUCUCUCAUCGGUGGGUACUUACUCUGGAUGCCAUUCUUUGCUGCCACACAGGCACAAAUUCAGCGCUAUAAUUCUGUCGCCACGCUUCGACAAGCACGAAUGUGCUUGCUCUUUAACACCGUCGGCAUGAUGGGCUUCUAUUUACUCUGUGCACUCUUAGGCAUGCUGAUAUUUGCACAGUUUUACAAUUGUGACCCAGUACAUGCGAAGCUCGUCACUUCACCAGAUCAAUUAUUACCAUUAUUUGUCAUUGACGUGUUAAGAGGAUACCCGACUUUGCCGGGGUUACUCAUCGCUGGCAUCACUUCGGGUAGCAUGAGUACUGUCUCCAGUGCUCUCAACUCUUUGUCUGCCCUCAUCACGGAGGAUUUUGUAAAACGAUAUUGGCCAGGAAAAAGUGACAUCGUGUUGGGAAACAUGUCCAAAAUUAUUUCUGUUGCCACCGGACUCAUCGCAUUUCUUCUCGUGUUUGUUAUGAAAACUGUUAACGAAACUAUUCAGAUUGCACCGUUUACCACGUUAAUUACUGGAAGUUUAUUGGGCCCAAUUUUGGGAGUUUUCACGCUAGGAAUGUUUUCACCUUGGGCAAACAAUUUGGGCGUCCUAUGUGGCAUGAUAAUUUCGAUAGCAAUCUCAGGAUUUGUCGGACUCGGAAAUAUUCUCGCUGGGAGGAAAAAUCUUUUACCGAAUAUGAGACUACCGCUGACGAUAAGAGGAUGCCCUUGUGCAAAUAUGACCGGAUUUGAAGCAGCUUGUGAAGAUUUGGUGGAUGAGGAUGAUCAAGAUCGACUCGAUCUGCCAGACACGAGUGGAUGGAAAAAUUUAGAAUAUUCUGGCUGGGUUAAAAUAUGGUCGGCGUCAUACAUGUGGCAACCUGGAAUUGGCAUCGUCUCAACUCUCAUAUUUGGAAUUUUGUUUAGCUCUCUAGUCAGCGCUUUGUUUCCUCAAAGGUAUCCUAAAGUUAAGUCCAAUCUCUUAAGCAGGCCCUUCGUCAGACUUUGGAAUAAAAUGUUUGGGGUAAAAUGUAUGCAACAAUUUAUAGAUUAUGGAGAGCAUAGCGAUAAUAAUAAUAACGCUGAUACAAAAUUCUGAAAAUACAAGAAGUUUUUUACA